AUGGCUGCCGAACUUUGGAUGAGCUACAAGCAAUGGGCGGACACCCAGGAGACGCUGUUCCUUGACUGGGCCGACCCGUCGGGACAGUACAAGCUCUCGCCUAUGCAGAACCUGCCUGGCGCUGACUUCGCCACUGCCUUUGCUAUCUGUGUUGCUUACGUUGCCUUCGUCGUCAUUGGCACGUUCAUGAUGAAGGCAGGUAUCCCUGCCAUCAAGACUAGCCCUCUGCAGUUUAUUUACAACCCACUGCAAGUUGUCCUUUGCUCGUACAUGUGCAUGGAAGCCGGUAUCCUCGCCUACCGAAACAACUACUCGGCGAUGCCAUGCAACGCUUUCAACGCCGAGAAGCCUGUCAUGGGCAACGUGAUGUACAUGUUUUACUUGUCCAAGAUCCUCGACUUCUUCGACACAGUCUUCAUCAUUCUCGGCAAGAAGUGGAAGCAGCUUUCCUUUUUGCACGUGUACCACCACCUGACUAUUUUCGCGAUCUACUUUAUGAACUUCCGCGUGGCCUACGACGGUGACAUCUAUGCUACGAUCAUUCUGAACGGCUUCAUCCACACCAUUAUGUACAUGUACUAUUUCGUGAGCGCGCACACGCGUGACAUUUGGUGGAAGAAGUAUCUCACGGCCAUGCAGUUGAUUCAGUUCGUUACGAUGAAUGUCCAGGGUUACCUGAUGGUGUCGCGCUCGUGUGAGAAUUUCCCCCACAAGGUGCCGGUCAUCUACCUCGUCUACAUCCAGUCUCUCUUUUGGCUGUUCAUGAACUUCUUUGUCAGAUCUUACUGCUCAAAGCCGCGCAAGUCCUUUAACAAGAGGAAGACGCAAUAG